CGGCACCUGCGGGAGGCUCCUCGCUCCCUCCUUCCCUCCAUCCCUCCCGCAGCAUCACACCGCCAGCGGGAGGCAGGAGGCGGCGGGCAGCGACGGGAGCCACCGGGAAGCACCGGGGAGGACUUCAACUUUUCCACAGGACGUAGCAUAUUACAGCUUCACACGUUCUUGGGCUUUUUCUGAUGUCCAGCGGACAAUAGAUUUUCCAACCAGUGUUUGACAGGUGUCUCUCCAGUAGAACAGCAGUCUUUCUUUGAUACAAGAUGGAGGAAUCAUACAAAGAUAGGACUUCUUUAGUGAAAGGGGCAAAAGAUAUUGCUAAAGAGGUGAAGAGGCAAGCAGUGAAAAAAAUGAAUAAAGCUGUUGACAAAGCUCAGGACGGCUACACACAGAGGUCCUACAACCGAUUCCAGGAUGAGGAAGAUGAUGACGAUUAUUAUGUUCAAGGAGGAAAUUAUGUCACAGAAGCUAAUGAUGAUGAAGGAUCAAGUGAAGCAACCGAAGGGCAUGAUGAAGAUGAUGAAAUUUAUGAAGGGGAAUAUCAAGGAAUCCCCAACAUGGGGCAGGGCAAGGAUGGCAUGGUGGCCUUAGGGCAAUCUAUGCACGAUGAAUAUAAGGAUCGUCGAGAACUGGAAACAGAGAGGAAAGCUGAUGAAGAAGAACUAGCACAGCAGUAUGAACUGAUAAUACAAGAAUGCGGCCAUGGUCGAUUUCAGUGGGCACUCUUCUUUGUUUUGGGAAUGGCCCUAAUGGCUGAUGGGGUCGAAGUUUUUGUGGUUGGAUUUGUGUUGCCCAGUGCUGAAACAGAUAUGUGCAUACCCAAUUCUGGAUCAGGAUGGCUUGGUAGCAUAGUGUACCUUGGGAUGAUGGUGGGGGCAUUCUUCUGGGGAGGCUUGGCAGACAAGGUGGGAAGGAGACAGUCACUCCUGAUAUGCAUGUCUGUCAAUGGAUUCUUUGCCUUCCUUUCAUCAUUUGUCCAGGGGUAUGGCUUCUUCCUCUUCUGUCGAUUGUUUUCUGGAUUUGGGAUUGGUGGAGCUGUGCCAAUAGUUUUCUCCUAUUUUUCGGAAGUUCUUGCUCGGGAGAAACGAGGUGAACAUCUGAGUUGGCUCUGUAUGUUUUGGAUGAUUGGCGGUAUCUAUGCAUCUGCAAUGGCUUGGGCAAUAAUUCCUCAUUAUGGAUGGAGUUUCAGCAUGGGAUCUGCUUAUCAGUUUCACAGUUGGCGAGUAUUUGUGAUUGUCUGUGCACUGCCCUGUGUCUCUUCUGUGGUAGCCCUCACCUUUAUGCCAGAAAGUCCACGGUUUUUGUUGGAGGUUGGAAAACAUGAUGAAGCUUGGAUGAUACUCAAGCAAAUUCAUGACACAAACAUGCGAGCUCGGGGUCAGCCUGAGAAAGUCUUCACAGUUAACAGAAUCAAAACUCCAAAGCAGAUAGAUGAGCUUAUAGAAAUAGAGAGCGAUACAGGAACUUGGUACAGAAGAUGUUUAGUUAGAAUUCGCACAGAGCUAUAUGGUAUUUGGUUGACUUUCAUGAGAUGUUUCAACUACCCAGUGAAGGAUAAUACCAUCAAACUUACAGCUGUGUGGUUCACCCUGUCUUUUGGCUACUAUGGCUUAUCUGUCUGGUUUCCUGACGUCAUCAAGCAUCUGCAGUCAGAUGAGUACGCGUCCAGAGUGAAACAUUUCCGCAAUGAGGAGGUUUCACAUUUUGUCUUCAACUUCACACUGGAAAAUCAAAUUCACAGCAAUGGAGAAUACAUCAAUGACAGGUUUAUUAUGAUGAAGUUUAAAUCAGUAACCUUUGAAGAUUCCCUUUUUAAGAAUUGUGUGUUUGAAGACAUUACUUCACUGAACACAUACUUCAAGAAUUGUACUUUUGUGAAUACCACCUUCUACAACACAGAUCUCGAGCAAUAUAAAUUUGUUGACAGUGAUUUUAUAAAUUGCACAUUUUUCCACAUCAGGACAGGAUGCCAAAUUUCUUUUGAUGAUGACUACAGUGCCUACUGGAUUUAUUUCGUUAAUUUUCUGGGAACUUUGGCAGUGUUACCAGGGAACAUUGUGUCUGCUCUUCUGAUGGAUAGAAUUGGACGUUUAACUAUGUUAGGUGGUUCUAUGGUUCUUUCUGGCAUAAGCUGUUUUUUCCUGUGGUUUGGGACCAGUGAAUCCAUGAUGAUAGGUAUGCUGUGCCUCUACAAUGGUCUCACCAUCUCAGCUUGGAAUUCUCUUGAUGUCAUUACUGUGGAGUUGUAUCCUACAGACAGAAGGGCGACAGGCUUUGGCUUUUUGAAUGCACUAUGCAAAGCAGCAGCUGUACUUGGAAACCUAAUAUUUGGUUCCCUUGUUGGUAUCACCAAAGCAAUCCCUAUUCUCCUUGCUUCUACUGUUCUAGUAUGUGGAGGUCUGGUAGGACUUCGGCUUCCUGACACAAGAACACAGGUAUUGAUGUAAUUGGAAAAAGCCAUUUACUGUUUAUUUCUUUCUUUGUAAAAUGUGAGCUCUACUGUUUGAUGGUGCAAAGUCUUCAGAUUCUCAAUGCCUAUCAGAGAGCUCUGAUGGCAGAAAUCAAACACAGAAAAAAGAGUAAAAGAGUGGCAGAGAUUUAGAAACUACUGUAUGAAAGUUUUAGAUUUCCCUUCCAUUUGCUUGCAUACUUUGCUAUUUAAAACCACUUCACUUAACUUCAAAAUGCAAAGCUACCUCUUAAAACACUUUCAGUGACAUGUCCAGGAAGACAAAAACCAUACUGAUAAUCAGAUACUUAAAAUGCAAGUGGUCAUGUUAUUUAAAAAAAAAAAAAAAAAAAAAAAAAAAAAAAAAAAAAAACAUGCUCACUUUGGUCAUGGCUUUAUGAGCUUUUGUAACAGUGCAAACAUGCAAGUCAAUUACUUAGCAGUAUUGGUGCAAGAAAUAUUAUUCUUAUAUGUAUCAAUGCAUGCAGCAUUAAUCAGGAAACUGUAUAGACUGCAUCAGUACUCUUUGUUGCUGGUCCUCAAAAAAAAAAAAAAAAAAAAAAAGUUUUCUCAUUUGUGGCAUCUGGAAUAUUUUUGCCAUUUUAAAAGAGUGAAUGUGUCUUGUUCCAGGUGUGAAUCAAUACAAAACAGUAUUUAUGUUAUUUUAAGUAUGAAUAAGGGAAGAAUCAAGCCAGUGAACUCUAUGAAAAGUACUGUCAGAAAAGCUUGUUUGGUACACUUCUGUUUGAUAUUUACAAUUCUAAUACAUACUUCUCUGUCACAGAAUGCCACCUAUUGAAUUUAGUGAGGUCAAUAUAACAUCAGUAUAGAGUAUAGUGUAAUUAAAAUCUCUCAAAACAAUUUUUUAAACAGUAUGAAAACAAAGAAAAGCAAUAAUAAAAACCUGAAUUAUACAUUCCUUUAUACAACCAUUUACUCAGCUGAUUUUUAAUAUUAUAGAGAUAUCUCACCAUUUAACACUUUCAAACAGCUCUUGGAAAAGCCAUUAAGAAACCAUGCCAAGGCUGUAGGCAGUGGUCAUAUCUUUAUCAGACCAAGUGUAAGGAUGGAGAAUAAAUGGUAGUAAAUAUGUUCCUUCUAAGCCAUAUGCUAUAAAUUGUUAUGGAUUGCAAUAAAGACAUCCCCACCUGUCCUACUGCCCUGUAAAAAUGUUAUCAGAUCUCUUUAAAGUGUUAGCAUUUAAAGUUAAAUGUAGAUGCAUCUAUAAAAUUAUCAGACAAAAGGGACAGAUCUGCUGAUAACAUCACUGACUUUGCUUUCAGUGAAGCUAAGACAGUUUGUAUCAGCUGAUGAUCUAUCUAAGGUUUCAAGUUUUAAAGAAAAAAAAUGAUCUUUUAUUAGGUGGUUGAAUCAUUACCAAAGAAAUUAGGCUUUCAGAUAUGGUCAAUGUAUAUAGUAAGAGAUUUUUUCAUUUUUUUUUUUUUUCAUAUGUAAGAACUACUUACUUUUGGAUAGUAAUAUCUAUCUCUGCAUUUUGUCAGUUGUCAUUUUAGUUAUAUUGAAAGAGUUAGUAAAAGACAGUCUAUACAAGAUGAUUUAUUAUAUUUAAGGCUCACUAUUUAUUUACUAAAUUUGGAAGUUAUGUUUUUUGAUUCUGAACAAAUGCUUGUGCAUUUGUGCUUAUACAUUGAAGCACAAAAAAUUAGCCCUGGGUGUGGUUUCUGGUAUUAACAAAUGAGAAAACAGGCUUAAUUAAAAAAACAUGAAUAUUGAAAAUUACUAGGCUUUUUUUGAUAUUGAUAAAUAAAACAUGGUAUAAGAAACAAAAAAAAAAAAAAAAAAAAAAAAAACAAGGUUUAGAAAGUAUAUUUAUUUUACAACAUAAACAGUCAAAAUGUCUGACAUAAAAUAUUGUAUAUCUAAAUAUGAUUUAAAAGACGUAUUUUAAAUUUCUAAAUGAUGGGAGGGAGAGUUAUUUUUCACCAGGUUCCAGGUUAAGAUUAAAACACGGGGCCUUAGUUUUGCAUCUGUGGCUUUUGUCCACUAGUCAGCAUCUUAGUAUUUCAAGGAUGUUUUCCCUGUUGAGAACCAUAUUUGACUUUGGCCCCACUUCUCUGUGUCAUUCAUUAGUUGCGUAUGUCCACCUCCUUGUGUUUACUUUACAUCUUAUUUUGAGAUCUGAAGCCUCUGUACAUGUCCUGAAUGAACAUCAACAGCAAUGGUAACAUUACAUUAUCUUGCUGUGUGCACUGUCCACUUCAAGUAGUAUAGUCUGCCCAACUCUGUAUAUAAUACUGAAGAACAUCCAGAUCCAAUGCAUUGUGUGACCUGAUCAGUGUGGAGGAAAUGGUCCAAAGAACAAUAAGACUCAACUCUUGCGGGUUCUGGUUCAAGGUUAAUGCACUAAAAUCUCAUUACUUGUAAAAUUAUGCUGUUCGCAAUGCUGGUUCUUAUCCUAAGUUCUGGCCACAUCAUAAGUAUAUGAUUAAAUCUGGAUAUAGUAAAGUGACCAGCUUGAAAACCUGCAUUGUACUUCGAAUAUAGCAACAGUGGAGAUUAGUAAAGAAAAAGUGCCCAGCAAUGUGGACCUUGCAUGGUCCAGGAUUAGAGGAAAUGUUCUAAGGUAGGAAAAUGGAUUAAAGAGAAUACUGGCUAGGAAAUGGGUGAAGAAGAAAACAGAAGAGAACAAAAAGAAAAAAAUCCACAAAUAUUAAAAAUCCACCAUAUUAAAACUAAAACUAGAAUCUCAAUAGUUGUUUAGCCAGUUGGCUCAACACAUUUGACUGAUUUCAACUGAUGUGUGAGCCAGCAUGAAAGCCGUUUGAACAAUCAAGUGGUUUGGGCUUGAAUGCAAUAAAGAUUUAUCCCAUAAAGACAAAAGGAGCGAAUGCUACUUCAAGUUACAAAUACUUGGUAAGAUACUCAUACUCCACAAUCUGAAAUAGAAAAAUGUGAUCCCAGGAGAUCUGGAUGCAAAUGUUACGUAAGUUAUAAGCAGAAGUGAGCUGUCUGGUCUUAAGGGAAUGCAUCUUUUUUGCAGCUUCUGAAGUGAUCUCAGGUAAUAUACAUUGAACAGCAGGAAUUUCACUUCUUUUCUAUCUCUGUUCAUUUAUAUCUCACACAAAAAGUCACUUAGUGGCCUAUAUAUAUCCUUGAUACACCUACAAUUAAGAGGUCAUUUGCAUAUACCUUCAAAAGAGAAUGCCAUAUACUGCCUUAUAUGGCAACAUAACUGUGUUAUAUACACACACAGAACUGAAUUUAAUAGUUUGUGUAUCAGAGCUAACAACCACACAUAAUCAACUGACUGACCUCUAACAGGAAAAUUAUUUCAGCCUAAACUGAAAUCGGACACGGGGUCCAAUGCCCUUCUCCUGUAGAUCUGAACUACUCAUGCCAGUGACAACAAUGACAAAAAGUACAAUAUACCCUAAUGACAAAGAAACUGGAUAGCAUUCAUAAUGGUACUUACUAUGAUGGUCAGCUGUUUUAAAACAAGAAAACUGACAGCAAAACAGACCACAUGUUUUGAUUUUUGCCAAAAUUUAUUUUUAUUAGUUUUACUCAUAACAGGUUGUUUGAUAGAAGAUCUUCACUUAACAGACUCUCUUUUUCUUGAAAGCAUGUUGUUUGUUGUGUUUCUACAUUUUAACAAGGUUGGCUAUAGUCAUGUUAGUACCUGGUCAUUUAGAAGCAUGCACUACAACAUUUGGUAUGCAUUGCAUUGAUUGCUGAGUAAAGACUUCUAACAAGGGAACCAGGAGUUUCAUGGUUUCUGGAGUGCUCAAAGGAAUAGCUAAUUGAUGAUAUAUGGGGAAGCCUUCUUCCUUUGUGUUUGAUUUUAGCUGGUGUCCUUCUAAAGGCAUGUACCACAACACUGGACACAGAUGAAAAAGCAUUAAACUUCCUUCCUGAUGGAUCCUCUGGUAAUCUUCUCAGAAGAGUGGGGCAGCCAUGACUGCUAAGUCAACCUUUGCCUUUCUUCUCAUGCCAUUCUGUUCCUUUUAUCUUAAAUUGCAUUUCUUACCCAAAGGCCAACUACAAAGAGUUAAAAUUCACUGAUCAUGCUCUCACUUCUAGCUUCAUUGUAAUGUUCAGCAAUAAGAUUUGACACACAUCAUUAGGAUUUGGUUACCUCUUUU